AGGCUUAACUUUGGUUCAUUCACACACACGAUCAUGAACAAGAGGAUCUAACGUACAACCACAACACCAGGCUCUUGUAUUCUAUUUUCAAUCCAUCACUCAGCUAGCACGUGGGGUUCUCUCCUCUAAGCGUCCCUCCUCUUUCUUUUACUCUCUGCUAUAGUUCCACCAUGUGAAACUUUUCAGAACCCACCCACUUUGGUGGUGGUGGAUUUUCAACUUUAACCUUUAGCUUUUGGAAAUAACUGAUCAUUCAGAACUACCACACACGCCUUGUCUCCCCCGCUACUAUUUCUUGGGAUGGGUGAAAAAUACUCUGCAGUGUGAUCGUCCAUUCAAUUUAAGACCCGCGAGAAUAUAUAAUAUGCCACAGAGAGGAGCCUGAGCCUGAGCCUGAGCCUGAGCCUGAGCUUGAGCUGAAUUGCAACUGAAGGUAACGCAGAAUUGUGAUUCAAGUUUGCCAAAAACAGAGAAGCCACUGCCUCUUUCUUAACUUCAGACAACGAUAAUUCACAUUCUGUAUUUGCUUUGAUUCAAUGAAAAGUCAGUCACCAGGGAGACCAAUUAAUUCGUGUUACUGUUUGGGCAUUUAAACAAUAACGUAAAUCUAGUAAUGCAAGUACAAUAAGUCAACAACCAUGCCUAAUGGAACUUUCCCGCCAGAAAGCAUACUGCAGAGAGAUGGUUUUGAGGUUUUCCCAUAGAAGGCCAAUGUACAUACAUAUAUAUAUACUGAUACACAGAAGGAAGAGACUCUGCAUUGACCAGGUCCAUAUCCAAUCCCUCAAAAGAAAUACGAGAGUGAGAUCCUUUAGUAAUUUUUUGGUAAAUAAUCCCAUCCACUAAACAGGACCUCUCAUCUAUAAUUAGGCUAAAUAAAUCCAUCUGCUAAUCACAGCCUCUCACAUCCAUUUUCUCUCUCUCAAACCCCAUUAAAGCGAAAACACAAAGCCACCUCCCAAACUUCAACUACCUCAUUUCCUUAAACAAACUAGCCAGCCCCCAAGUUCCCAACUCUUUCCCCACAAUCUCGCAGCUCAAAUAGAAAAAUAACAAACGAACAAAAAAAAGGGCUAAGCUUUCCGUCCCAGACCCUGCAAACACAGCCCCGCUUUUGCAGUUCCUCCUCCUCUCAUCUCCAAAUCCUUCGCUUAAAGCACUCCAAACAAAAGGAAAUAGGAAAAAAGAGACAAGAACACAAACCCAUUUUGUGUCUGUCAAUUUCGUUUCGUUUGUUUUCCUUUUUUUUUUAUUCACCCUUGUUCCGGUCUUUCAAUCCGAAUUCCACGAUCCUUACCCUCAAUGUGGCGGCAGUGGGGCAAAUCAACGGUUCGGAUUCACCACAAGUCAUCUCCGUCCGCCCUCUUCUCAUUUAAGGACGUCCAAGAGCUCUGCACCGACGAGCCCCCUCAACCCACUGCUUCCGCGCCGAAUAAGAAAGCCUCCAUUUUCCACCGAGUCCGAGUCGCCAACUCGCUCCUCCGCAGCUGGUCAACUCGCUCACCGACUCACCCUCCCACCGAAGAACCCGAAACACACGAACCGGAGUCCAGUCCCAAUGUCGUCGCUGUCCCGGACCAAUCGGGUAACGACCCCCUCGCCGCAACGCAAUCCGCGCCAUUGAUUUCAAUCCCGGGCGCCGAGAAGCGCAUUGUGGUAUACUUCACGAGCCUCCGGGUGGUGAGGUCCACGUUCGAGGACUGCAGGUCCGCCCGAUCCAUUCUCCGAGGGUUUCGGGUCUCAAUUGACGAACGUGAUCUCUCCAUGGACUCGGGGUUCCUAACCGAGUUGCAGCAGAUCCUGGGAGGUCAAAGCCAAAGCAAAUUAUCCUUACCGAGGGUUUUCAUUGGCGGGAGAUACGUCGGUGGGGCGGAGGAGAUUCGGCAGCUGCACGAGGCAGGAGAGCUCAAGAAGCUCGUCGAAGGCUUACCGGCAGCGGAACCGGGCGUGUGCGACAUGUGCGGCGGCUAUAGGUUCGUUCUGUGCGAGGAGUGUUCCGGUAGCCAUAAGUUGUUCACGGAGAAAAGCGGCUUCAAGAGCUGUACGGCGUGCAACGAGAACGGUCUGAUCAGGUGCCCUUCUUGUUAUUGUGCGCCUCUCUGAUCCGUCCGAUUAGACUAAAAAACAAUUUAACCCCUCAAAAAAAAAAAAUUAAAAAGCAAAACUAAGGAUGUUACUUUUUUUUAUUUUUUUGUUCUUAAUUUUUGGACAAUUUAGUUUUGUAGUUUCACUUUGUUAAGGUUUAGUUGGUUGUGGGUGGAUUGGACAUAGGAUCAUGUGCCACCAAAUGUUGCUAUAUAUAUAUAUAAUAUUAAAUGAGCUAACUUGGUUA